GCGCCAUAUUGAAUUUGUACAAUCCUGUGCUGUGCGAUCAGGGUUGGUUGCACGGCCCAGUGCACCAGGAGAAAGGACAGGGCGCAAUGGACGCUCCAGAGGUUAUCGAUUCAUUAGAAGAUCUAAGAUUGACAGGGAGAGAUGGCUACGUAUGUUGUUCAAUUUGCCACAAUUGAUAAGAAAUCGGUUAGUUGUUGUGACCCACGUGUUUCUAGUUUUGACAACUGUUUGUGUUCUUACAGGUUCCCAAUCGUUAUACGGUGCCCUUAACACAAGGUAUAGAUAUCAACGACCUGAUUAGAGGAGACGGUAGCAUGUUUGAGACAGAUCUCAAUGACAUGGGUAAGGACAAUUUGUGAGACCAACCAUCCAUCUAGUCUGGCCAAUUCUAUUUUGCGAAAACCAGGCGAGAUAUAACGAAACUAAAGGACUUAUGCAGAUAUAUUUUCUAAUAAGGUAAAGAUAACUUUCGUCAAUUGAUAAGAAGAUUUUUAUUCAUUUCUCAGAGUAGUGAUUUCAGAAGAGUUAUUAUUUUAAGAAAUCUACUAUUUUCACCUUGCGGUGACAACGUGACCUCUUUCAUGUCACAAAAAUACAUUAGUAUAUUGUUACGGUAUAAUCUAACCGAAAGAAAAACACUACAAUCCUACAAACUCAACUGCUUUAUUUGAACAGCGAGUAAUGUUCUUAACAAGGAGCAUCUCCUGAAAGCAGCACAAUAGUUAUUGUUAAUAAACUUAAUUAAGCCUACCACAGUCUGUAUAUCCCCAGCUCACCACUGACACAAUCUCACUGCUGUCUCCAAAGUUCCUUGAAAUGAGCAAUCUUCCACAGUAACUCUCUCUCUCGGUAUAGCUUUCAAAACAGUCGUUGCUCCAACAACAACAACUACUCCUACUACUACACAAGUGAGUCAUCAUUGCAUUCCAGGAAGGAGAACACAUACUAGUUGUGUUGUUUUCGUGGAAAUCACUCUUGAGGGUUUUAUGGACCAUUCCCAAGGGGAUUGAUCGUGAUGCCAAGUGAUUUCAGGUGUUGGGCGCCAUUUUGGACUGGCUGGCUAGCUGGCUGGCUAUGUGGCACCAAUAGCCUUGAUGUCAUGUGCAAAUGUUUUCUUGACCGCCUUGAGCUGAAGACACUGAAUUUUUUUCUGUGCAAUCAGUACAAUAAAAAAACUUUUACUAGAAAGAAGGGGAAUUCACAAUUCUCUCAUGAAUCUGAUUGUUUCCUCUCUUUUUUCAAGCUGCUUUUGAGGAUGAAGAGGAAUCACAAUAUUUUGAUUCUGAGGAUGUUUUCCAACAGCUCAACUAUGAAGCUAAUGAUUUUGGAGAUGAUUCUGGCUCAGACAGAGAUGAUGAUUUGGUAAGUUUCUUGGACUUCUAUGCACUGGGAUGUAGGCUGCAUUGUCCUGUAAAGGAGGGGGAGAGGAUGAGAAACAGGAUCAGCAUCUUACUGUAGUUGCUUAUACGGUUGAUUGCAUUUACCCUUCCAUGCAAGUGAUAAAACAUGUUCUGUUGGCCUACCAAACUUCAAUGUCUACAACCAACCAGUAGAAUGUAAACUAACAUAUUAUUACGAGAAGUGUGAUUUGAGUGUUCUGUAAUAUUGUUUUCCUUGUUGCUUUUGAGAUCUAUCAUUUGAUUUUGUAAUUCAGUAGAGAGUGGUACACCAACCCUUCAAAUUUCUGCCUUGUUUGUCUACAGCAAAUACCAUUGCUAACCACCAUCACUAAGUGCAAAUACCUUCUAAAGAGGGCAGGCAAUGCAAAACCUUCGCCCAAAUGGGCCAAACAUUCAGUUUACAGAGAGAGACAUGGACAAAUUUUAAAAAGAAUAAGGGGGGAGGGGAGGGUCACAACAUCAUACUCUAAUCACAAUUUUCACCCAUAGUCUAAUUUUUUAGAUGGCAGCCAAAGUCACAAAACUGUAUCUUUAAGCUGAAUCAAUCUGUUGACAAUUUGUACAUCUGAAACAACAAACAGGUGGAAAGAUACCGUAAUAAAGUAAAGCUCAUUUUCAUAAUGUGUUCAUGUGUCAGACACCUUUUCAACGCCUUGCACGUGGUAUGGAAGAUCUCACAGGAGAUGAAGGAGUUCUUAAACGAAUUCUAAGAAAGGGAACAGGGCCUGUUGUACCUGAAGGGGCUACUGUGAGAUGUAUGUACAUUACAUUUGUUACAAGGCUAGUAUAGUACUGUUCGUAAUUAAGUUACCUGUCCAGUGUCCAGAGAAUUGACUGGCAAACUGUUGUUGUAACUGCAGUGUUCGUUUGGAGAACUUUAAGUUGGCUGUUUACAAGAGCCCAGGACAUCCGAGUCUUUCUCAUAACUUUGGCUUAAAAGUUAAAUUUUUUUUGUAAACAUUGCCUCCUGAGAAGUAAGUAAAACGUCUACUACUAAUUUUGUUAUAUCUGGACAUUUUUGUUUUGCUUGCUUGUAGAUCAUUAUAAUGGCUAUUUGGAGUUUAAUGAUGAGCCUUUUGAUUCCUCAAGGUUGAGAAAUAAACCAAUGAAAUUAACAAUUAGGUUCCAUUUUGGUGUCUGUCAAUGAUAUAGAUGAAAUUAAAAAUUAGGUUCCAGUUUAAGCUUUGAACUAUUUUAAAAUGUGCAAAGAGGGUGUAUUUUGGAUGAAAUAGAUCAACAAAGAUGAAAUGAUGCAUUAAAUAACCAAAAAGACUGAAUAUUCUAGACAGGGCUCCCUGAGGCUAAUCUUGCAUAUAGAGGGUCAUCAUGUUAAUAAUCAAAGAAAAGUUGGAUUUAUUUUCAUACUUUUUCUCCCUUUGUUCCACAUACACUAACAUAUUUAGUAAUCAAAGGAGCUAGUGUGAAAUCAUUUUGACCUGGAAUCGUUGUUAACUUUAACAUGUACACUAAAAUUUAGCUUUAACUCUUAUGGUUUCAGAGGAAAACAUUCUAGGUCUCUAUCUUGGUUUACGGACCAUGAGGAAAGGAGAAAAGUCUAAGUUUCUUGUGACUCCAGAAUAUGGCUAUUUAGAGAUGGGUUGUACUCCUCGUAUACCUGCAUCAGCAAAAGGUUUGUGUUCAUGAUUAUGUUGCUGUGAUUAAAAAGAAAAUACAGUCCCCUAACCUACUCUUCCAGAGUCAUAUUUUUGGGACACUAGCAGCCUCAUUAGCCUCUCUCAACGUUGUUCUCCCAAAUACUGCAAACAAACUGCCUGUUGUGAACUUAGGAAAGAAGAUAGGGGCAGUAGAACAGGGGAUAAUGGUUUACCAAAGAAGCCAGACAGUAAUAUCUCAGAGUUCAACUACUGCUUCAGUUUGUUAUUGUUAUUGUUGUUGACAGUUGAUGAUGGCAUCAGAUCAACUUUAAAGGUUCAUCCAUAUUUUACCUUAUGUUAUUUAAUUUCUCUACUAACAGUACUUUUUGAAGUGGAGUUACUGAACUUCAUUGACCACAAAGCUGCUGAUGAUUUUGACGCAUUUACUGAGGUCAGUAGAUAUAAUAACAACAACAACAACAAUAAUAAUAAUAAUAAUAAUAAAUAUGGUAAUAAUAAGAAUAUUUAUUAACUUAUUUAGCGCAGAUAUCAAUUGGAGUAUGUUAGAUGUGUAACUUAUUUGGCAUUCUCCGCAUGAUUCUUUUCACACAUCAGAAAUACAACUGACUUUUUUAAAAGUUUGGGCCAAACCAGCUCUUUGACGAAUGAUAAACUUGGGAGUUGGAGCCUGGAAGCAGGGAGGGCCUGGAGUACGGGAGGCAGUGUUGCUUGAUGAUCUGCCAAAAUAAGCCAAGCAGAGCUAAAUUAUGAAAUCUCUUGAAUAAUCCUCUGAAGUAUCAGGGAAACUCUGCACACUGCCUGCCAACUUGCAUAGGGUGCAAUUGCUGGCCAACCAACCAUGUCUUGAUUACAUUUACUUUAAAGAUAUUAGGUUAAGUAUAUACUCAUGCGUAUUGAUCUACCCAGCCAGAGCUUAUCCCGGUUUCCAAGUAGCAUUCACCCUUUAACUCCCGUGUGUGACCAGGACAUAAUUUCUCCUCACAAUAUCAAUACAAUAUCAACCAGAUAAGUGAUGAGAAUGAUGAAAAAUAUCAAUUUGGGGAUAAUUAGUUGAUCCAAUGCUAAAUUUUAUUAUCUAACAAGAUAAGAAUUGUAUGGUUGCCAGUGAGGAGAAUGACAAAUUUGAUCUGGGAGGUAAAGGGUUAAAGGUGUUAAGUAUAUAAUUGUGUGUAUUGGUCCACCCGGCCAGAGCUUAACCCUUUAUACCCCAACAUCAGUAUUCAUAUUCUCCAUACUGUUCUCUGUACAUUUACUAAAGUGCUGACAAGGAGAAUUUGUCUAACAAUCAAGAGCUUCUUUUAUUGGUGAUCAUUUCCUUUAUUCUCAUGACUUUCAUGUGUGAUUCAGUGGUGAUAUUGUAAAGAGAAAUUAGAUGCUGGUCACUUUUAGGAGUUUAAGGGUAAAACUUUGAAAAAAAGCAAAACUCUUUGAGGUAGUAGUGCAACUCAAUGGUAUUUUUUCGUGCUCACCCAAUGGGAAACAACUCUUAAUUGAAUACAGUGCUCAGGGUCUUCCAUCUGAUGUAACCCAAGUGUACUAUCUUGAGUGGAGAGUUAAUAUCCAUAAGAGAAAAGUUAAUGGCUCUCAGCCAGAAGUUUGACAGCAUCACAGACUGUAUGGGAAUGGUGUGGUUAAAUUUUAUGGUGGAAAAUAAAGGCAGAAAUAUUCUCUGCUUACAGGAAGAGAGGAAGCAAGCAUCAUUUGAACAACUUCUUAAAGUGGCUAACUCAGAAAGAGAGGUACACAAGGCGGUGUUAAAUUUUGUUCAUUCAUUUACAUUCAUGUAAAACUCUUUAAUAUUUUAAAGCUGAGGUUUCGAGCAUUGGCCCUCCAUCAGAGUGAAGAUUCUUACGUGGAAUCUUUAGAAGAAUUCACUUAAGAUUUGCUCUGACAAAGGGCUAACACUCAAGACUUCAACUUUGAAACUCUUUAUAGUAGCCAAUUUACGUUAUCAACUCAGUUGAUUAUACUAAAUUACCCUGUUACACUCUCCCACUGAUGCAGCACCACAGUUGCCCCCUUUUUUCUCUAGUAUUUUGUUAUUUUGAUAACUGAUCAAUAUCAUGCCCUUAAAUAUACUUGCCCUUGGAAGUGUAAAUGUCUUGCUCCAUUUCUGAAAUGUUUGCAUCACAAGGCAAAUGGUAAUACAGUUGAACCCCACUAAUUUGAAAAAGAUCAGAUUUCCCUUAGAUUUGACACUAUUUUUCCAGUCGUUUACUAUCAGCUAAUUUGAACUCAUUCAACUCACACUUCACUUUAACUCAAACUAAUUUAACUUUCCCAAGGCUAAAAUUUAAUCUGAUGACUGGAACUCCGUAAAAACUUUGGUGAUUAAAGCAAAAGUGUCAGAAUGUAGCUGAUUGACACUUCCCAGUUUUAAGUUGUGAUUGAAUAAUACAUUCAGCUAAACUUCCCAAAGAUAAUGUUCUUAAUAUCAAAAAAGCCCUUGUUAAAAAACUAAAUGCAACAAAGUGAUUCUUGAUCAAGUGAGAGUGGGAAAAACAUUCCUUAUUAAUUAUUAACAGGAUCAUUGAAAUUUAACACCAAUCCCAAAAACUCAAACUCCUGCUAACUUGAACCAAAUUUCAUUUCCCUUGAAAGUUUGAGUUAGUGGUGUUCUACUGUACCUCAUGUCUAAUUUAUUCACCUGGAUGAAUAACCACAAGUUUUUUUUGUAAUGAUUUGUGUUUUUUUUUCUUCAAAGCAUUCUGUGAUUUGCUCUUUUACAUUUCAUGUUAUUCAUUUUUUCUAGGCUGGAAAUGACUUUUAUAAACGAAAGCAAGUUCAUCGUGCUGUGGGCAAGUAUUUAAAGGUAUGAAACACAUGAGCUCUAAUUUUAAUCAUUUUCACUAUAAAUAAAUGAAAUUAAAUAUAAAAAGAUUAAGCAAAGGUGUAGAUGUUAAAAGAUAUAUUUUUGGGUGAAGAGCUGUAAUUUACCCCUUAAAUGUGGGAUAUAAUGAAAUCAUAGAAAAUUUUUGAAGCAAAUGAAAAACCUUAAACCUCAAUCUAUACCCUUUGCAUAUUCUCCAUACUGUUCUCUUUACAUUUCCUAAGGUGCUGACAAGGAGAAUUUGUUUAACAAUCAAGAGCUUCUUUAGUUGGUGGUCAUCUCCUUUAUUCUUGUGGCUUUAAUGUGUGGUUUGGGGUGAUAUUGUACAGAGAAAUUAUAGAUGCUAGUCUCGCCUAGGGGUGAAACAGUUAAAUCAAGCUUUGGCAGAGAGGAGAUCUUGAAAUGAAAUUCAGAUGGCAUUUUAAGAACAAUUAAGGGAGGAGGUGGUCAUUGGGUACUUUUAACCAUAAAUCUUGUGAUGACAAAAUUCAUUCAGUUCAUUACCAUGUUCAAGAAAUAUAAUUCUAUAUUUUGAAUACCUGGACUCUUUCUUGCCUGUAAUUUUUCUUUUUUUGAUCCGAAGGUUUCUCAGUCUGUUUGAAUCAAGUCUGGGUGAUUUCUGUGCAUUCUUCUAUAUUAACUAAUAUUUCUAAUGAAAUUUUGUAACUAUAGGCAAUCAAAUUACUGGAAAACUGCCAUUUACAAAAUGCUGAUCAAGAGAGAUGGAUGAAUGAAGUUUUGCUAAAACUUUAUCUCAAUGCUGCUCACUGUUUUCUAGAGUUGGCAGAAGUAAAGAAAGUUCUGACCUAUGCAAGAAAGGUACUGGUAAACGCAUUAUGCUUUUGUCAAAAGAUUUGAAGAAAAACUUAUGCCCAUCUAAUAUACCUUUAUAAUGGGUGACUAAAUGGUUUAAGGCAAAGCAUCCCCUUAAGGGUUUGAAAAAUUAUAGAGCUGUUGUUGGUGAUGUCUUAUUGUUGCUUGUUUUCAUGACUGAGGCUAAUUUUUAGCUUUCUCUGUGACUGAAGAAAGACUUUUUAUAAGGAGAAUUUUUUUUUUCUGUCAAAAGUUGAAUAAGCAUUCCCUUGAGCUGAUUGUUCUUUCAGGUCAUCACAGCAGUUGAUGCUCUUGAAAUAUAUUUUAAAAUUGUCUUUGAUUGUUAGGUAUAUAGCUAGUACCUAAUAAAAAGAACAUUCUGUGUCCACUUGUGGAUACAAAUUCAUUUCCUUGUGGUAAAAAAAUCCUUAUCUAUUACUAACCUUGUAACCAUCAAAAUAAUGUUUUUGUUCUUCCAGGCUUUAGGUAUUGACCCAAAGAAUGUGAAGGCUCUCUAUAGAAUGGGCAAGGUAAUUUGAACUUUUAAAAAUUCUUGCACUCUGCAGGUUUAUGGACUGUUUGAGGGAUGUAAACAAAUGGAUGAGUAAUGUAACAUUUAUUAGUUCACUGAUCAGCUAACCUCCAUUUAAGUAGUGGUAAGCAAAACGCUUUUACAGCCUCUUGUAUCUUGCACACACAAAACAAAUCUCUCUCAUUUGCCAAAGGAACAAUGCACAGUUUUGUAGUGUGCCUUAAGUUGCAAAAUUGUACAUUCUUUCCAUAUGAAUGGUAAGUGAGGGGAUGCAACUACUUCAGAUAAAAUGUACAGACUUAGUUUACAUUAUUAAUAGUGAAAUCUGUCAUAUGCCCCCUACAUAAUUGUUUACAAUACAUGUAUCUUGUGAUGCAGUUAAUUAAAUUUGCAAUACAAAUUAUUUUCCCAGAAAAAAUUGAUAAUUUUCAGGAUACCUGUAAUUUUUGUCUGUAUGCGUACUUCAGCAGUGUGUAGUAAUGCCUUGUGAAAAACCUUCACCAUCCCUCAUACUGAGAAUUUGGUUUACAGGCCUUACAGAAGCAGGGUGAAUUUGACAACGCUAGAGAUAAGUUCAAGAAAGCACAGUAUUAUGAACCCAACAACAAAGCAAUAAAAGAUGCCCUUAUUGAACUGGACAGGUAUGUGGACUGCAACUUUAUUUCUAAGGAGUCUUAGUAAAAUUUUACAGGCAUACACAUAGGCAUUCUAUGCUGAGGACGUGAACUUUUGUUUAAUCCUUUAUGUCUUAACAUCAGUAUUCACACCUGAUAUUCUCUAUACUGUUUGUUAUACAUUUCCCACGGGACUGACAAGGAGAAUUUACUUCACAAUCAGGGGCUUCCAAAAUUGGUGAUUAUUUUCUGUUUUCUUGUCACCUUUACAUUUGAUUUAAGGGUGAUACUGUAAGGAGAAAUUAGAAGCCAAUCACUCUCAGGGGUUCAAGGAUUAAAAAAAACCCCCUUCCAAUAUUGAUAUUGAUCUGCAACAAAGUAUUUUUCAUUUGAGAUGGUAUGGAACUUUUUUAUCAUCAAAUGUAGGAAAGUGAGUCAAUUCAAAUCCCUUGAAAAGCAGACCUUUGCACGAAUGUUUGCUCCUGCUAAGAAAGGUAUGUAGCAAAUAGCGAUUACUUUAAAAGACACUGUUUUGCUGAGUCCGUGAGAAAAGGGAACUGUCAAGAUAAAAUAAACAACAUUUAAAUUUGUUACCUCUUUAUCAGAUAGACAGAUGUUUGACCCUUUGCAUGCUGACAUCAGCACAAAUAAUCUCCAUAUUGUUCUCUUUACAUUUCCUAAGGUAGUGACCAGGAGAAUUUGUUUAACAAUCAAGAACUUCUUUGUUAGUGAUAAUUUCCUUUACUCUCACAAUGUUAACGUGUGGUUUGGGGGGUGAUAAGAUACAAUGGUAAUAGGACUGAGUGGAGUCCAAUUUGGUCUGUAAUCAUACAUUCAAGUGAUUAAAAAAAUUCGAUGAGCAUGAAGUGGGAGUCCGAUUUGUUAAUUACGAGUAUGAUUACAGACAGAAUUGGAUGACAGUCCAAUUAAUUAUAACCAUUUCAAUUUCCAUUGUCUUCAGUGGAGACUGUCUUUUGUUUAAAGUUCCUUUAUUUUAGAAAUCCCCCAGUUUUUCUUUGGAUAAGAGGUUGUUGCUAUGGUUAUUUUGAUCAUUUCUGUGAUUAGUGGAUUAGCUGAGUGGACUUAGUAUGAUUGGCUGCUUCAACUGUCCAAUUAUAGGUGUCCGAUUACAGCCACCUGUCUGAUUACACUGUCCUAUUACAACUGUACAGAAUGAUUUGUGAAAAAUGAAGCUGCAAAUGCACCAAUAAUAUUUGAGGAAUUUGUAAUGGUUAUGAUUAAAGGAGAAAUUAGAUGCUGAACUCUCUUUGGAGUCAACCAUACCAAAAUGUUCCUUUUAUUUACUCAGAACAAGGUAAGGAUGAAAAAUCUGUACAGGCACCUGUAGACCUUGAAGCAGGAAAAAAGGAAGUGCUUGUUAAACAAUUAAGGUGAGGCAUCAUACCCCUUGGCCCUUUCAUUUGUAAAUUAUUCCUUUAUGGCAAGAUGAAUGGAAUUUAAUUUUCUUUUUUUUUUCCCUUUCUUUUCAUUCAUUUUGUGCUGCGCAGGGAGUUUAAAGAGGAGGAUGGCACUAAAGAAAUCUUUUUCCCUACAACAUUAACUCAGCAUGAAAGAGCUUACAUUAAACAGACAGCUCAAGAGUUGGGCCUUAAAGUAGAAGGCAAAGAGGUAUAUAAUGUUUCAUCAAGUUUUAGUUAGUAGCCUUUCUUAACACUUUAAACCCCAACAUCAGUAUACAUAUUCUCCAUACAGUUCUCUAUACAUUUCUUAUGGGCUGAUAAGGAGAAUUUGUUCAACAAUCAAAAGAAUCUGCAGUUGGUGAUCAUUUCCUUUAUUCUCAUGACCCUGAUGUGUGAUUCAGGGGUGAUAUUAUAAGGAAUUAGAUGCUGGUCAGCAGGGUUUUUAACAGCUUUGAAAUGAGAUUUUUUGUCUUUGUCAUUUUGUCAUGAGAUGUUAAGAAUGUGUUGUUUUACAAUACAUAAAUAGGAGGGUUUGAAUGUGGAUUAUAAAAGGCUUAGCUUUUUCAGCAAAGAAUUCUCAAGUAAGUUCUUUUUAACUGUAUGUGUAAAGCUAAUACCAACAUCUUUUUUCUGCCUUGUAGGGUACAAACAAAGAACUGAGGGUUACAAAAGACUAGUGGCAAGGAAUCUCUGAGUUGAAGUUUUGUUUGGUCAGAGCUCAGUGACUGAUCCAGCUACAGAGCAACCAGUUGGAUUUAAUCUAAAGAUAUAUUGCUCUCUGACAAGUCUCGUUGAAGGAUCAGUGUAUUGGUUACGUAACCUAACUGUUUGCGUCGUAAAGAAAUUUGCUGUUUUCAUUGAUAGGGGGCUAUGUUGUGAGGCUCCAGUUACUUCAAUCUUAAAAUCCGACCAAUCAGGUAAUUCCAUGUAGCUGUGAGUUAUUCCAUAGUUACUCAGUGGUGGGAUGGGUGUUUCAUCCCAGUAACACCAACCUGAUGAAUUUAUGUCUUCAUUACUCUCUUUGUUGGAUUAUUUAUUGAUAUGUUGGGAGGAGUUACUUGAAUGUUUAACUCUUAAGUGUGCAGCACAUUUGAAAUAUUUGAGAUGAGUGUUUUCACCUCCUAAAGCUUAGUCUGCUGGGCAAAAGUGUAUCUUAAAUUGAAUGAAACUUUGCCAUGGAUAUUUAUUUUGUUAUUUCCAAUUAUAUCUGGGAACACCAAUUAACUUGAAAAUAUCACAUUUAUUACCUAAUACAGAGAAAUUUUCAGUUGAGUGUCAAAAAGAAAAUCCAUGAUAGCUUUGGUUAACCCUUUACACCCUAACAUCAAUAUGGACAUUCUCCAUACUGUUUUCUAUACAUUUCCUAAGGUGCUGACAAGGAGAGUUUGUUUAUCAAUCAAGAUAAUAUUUAGUUUGUGAUCAUUUCCUUUAUUCUCAAGACCUUACUGUGUGAUGCAGGGGUUAUAUUGUUGGGAGAAAUUUGAUGCUGGUCACUCUCAGUUAAAGGGUUAAGCUUUCCUUCACUCUGUGAUUGGUCCAGAAAGCUUGUGCUAUCCUCUUAACCAAUCAGAUGCAAACCUAUGAAACAAUUGUGACUUGAACGCCCGCGUUUUCCCGCGCCUUAAGGCGUUUGCAUGUUUUCACUGCUAGUCCUCAUUGGCUACUGGCGAUGUUAACCUUUGGUCUCGUUGGUCGCUCUGACGACUUUGGUUUUGGUUUUUUUUUUAACACCUAAUUGAAAACUUCUACAAUGUAUAUAGAUUGUUGUUGUUGUUCAGUCUCGUAAUAUAAUGGGUUAGGGAGCACAUUGUGUGCGCCGGACAACAGCUGUGAAGGAGAAUUAUGUAUAGAAUGUACGAGGUUGUAAAAAUGUAACACGGAUAAAGGGAAUUUGAUUUUUACAAUUUUCUGAUUAGAUUCCUAAUUAAGCAAAUUGAUUUAGCUCCCCUAUGUUGGAGAUGGUAUCUUCCUAAUCAAGAUGAAUGAUUAAGUUACUUUUGACUAUUACCAAUUGUAUAGUAUUUGGGAAUAAAACAAUGGAUGAAGUUCUCUAGAGUAGUUUCAGAGGACAUAUUGAAUUAUAUCCUGACACUGUCUGAAGGAGAGCCCCAAUGGCCUAUGGGUUAAAAUGUCUGGCACCAGGCCCUAGCAAGGUCACUGUGUUCGUUUGUGUUUGUUUGUUUUUCAUGGGCGAGACACAGCUUUUACAGUGUCUCUACCCAUUCAGAAGGAUUAAUCAGUUCUGGAAAACACUGAGGUCUUCUGAGAUGCAAAGGGUUAACCUUGUGAUGGACAAGCAUCCCAUUCAGUGGCAGAUAGGAGGGAGAAACGAUGGAACCAGCAAUAUUCCUAUUCAUUGUUCGCUACUGAAACUGGGAUAAGCUCUAGCAAGAUGAGUCAUUUGGCAUCCAAAAUACAGGUGUAUCUUUACGUGCCACCUUACUUUUGUCAAAGGUAAGGUGGAGGGGGGGGUCUCCCUUAUAAUUCUUGUUCGGGGUGUGCCUCCCCAUUCUCCAACUCCUGGUCUCACAUCAGAUCAGCGCAUGCCAUUUUCCACACCCUUUUUCCGACCUGUGGCCUCAUGACUCCUUGUUCGUUUUCAGACCUUGAAUGUUUUCUACACAGAAGGAGUGUGGGAAGGGCGACAGCUCGCAAAAAUAUCAUUUCGUUUUGUUCUCAGAGAUCACAACAAUAGUUUAAUGGGAAUCUAUAUCCUCUGUGUACUUGCUUAUUCUCAAAUGCGGCAGAUGCAACAUUCUGACGCAUUGACUUUCACAAUAAUUUACGUCUAUA